AUCUCGAACUUGGGUAUGUUUGGCAGCGUUGAGGCAUUCACUGCAAUAAUCAAUCCACCGCAAGCAGCGAUCCUUGCCGUAGGUGGAACGCGUACGGAAAUGGACGAGGACAUGAAGCCACAGAGCAAGUUCACAGCCACGUUAUGCUUUGAUGCACGAGCUAUAACAGAAACUUCGGCGAAGCGUUUCCUGGAUCACUUCGCAUCGUCGUUGUCUGACCCUGACUUCAUGGUUGCCGAGCCAAUCGACCCUGCGUUGAACUUUGAUUUUGCAAGAUUGCUUUAG